AUGGACAAGUAUCAUACAGUCACUUCCAUUAUUCAGACACCGUGGAGUAUUAUCAGUCAAACUGUACCUGGACAUCAGCAAUACACAACUUUCAAGCUGGAAACUAUACAAUAGACGUUUCUUUUUACCCCAAUGUAACGAGUAUACAAAGCUUUGUUUCUACUUUAGCAACAUCAUUGCUAUUAUUACCACCAAAGACGUCACCAUUGUUACAGAUUAAAAACAAUACUGUACUUGUUGGUUAUGAAAUGUUGGAAAAUAAAGUCUAUUCCCUAGAGUGUAGAGCACUUGGAGGGAUGCCUCCGGUAAGCAACAUUACAGUCUCAUGUGGAAACAUCACUGCAUCCACUCAAUCUGGAAAAAUCUUUACGUCUCCUGUAACAUUUACAAGAAAUAUGACUGGACAGCAUUGCACAUGUAAAGCUCACCAUGUUACCGGUUAUUAUGAUAACAAUACAAGCACUUUACUGCAAAAUAUUUUAUUUCAACCUUCCAUUGUGAGUUUUUACAUUUUUAAUACAAUAAUAGAAAAUGGAAGCUUUGCGCAAUUUCUGUGUGAAACUGACGGCAAUCCAGCGCCUAACAUAUAUUUAUUUAAAAGAAAGGAAAUAAAAGCUCAAAACUCUAGUGGAUAUUUUCUAUUUUAUAAUAAAUCAAUGUCUUGUAAAGAUGCAGGUAAUUAUCUAUGUCUAGCCAACAAUGAAAGAGAUUUUAACAGCGUGGAAACAAAGGAAGUUACUCUGUAUGUUAAAUGUCCUUUGCAACUUACAUCCGAAGAAAACGUUAAGAAUUUCAGCCUACAAACUGGACAAAUACUUUCUUAUAAUUUUACUGUAUAUGGAUAUCCUGAACCAGACAAAUUUACUAUUUUGAAAUCUGGUCAAGUAACUAAUAAUAUAAUAGUUACAGCGUCAUUACUCGAACCACCAUAUACAACUGUACAUCUGGAGCUGGCAAGACUAAAGUCUGAGGACUUUGGAAGUUAUUCACUUGUUAUCUUUCAGAACGGAUUAGAGAGGCUGUUUUUGAACUUUGUUAUAACAGAAGAAAAUAAUCUUGAGACCAACAUUAAUAUUGCUGCUGCUGUUGGAGGAAGCAUUGCUGCUUUUGUUUUGCUAAUAAUCUUUACAAUUGCAUUUGUUGUUUUUAGAAAAUAUGAAAUAACAUGUAAGAAAAAACAAAUAGAACAUUCAGCAAAAGAAACACAUACGUAUUCAGAACUUUCAAUAUCACAACAGCAACUGGACCUACAUAAUUAUGAAGCACCGAUCAUCAACACGAACCUGCAUAGAACUGAGUCAAUGGAAACAUAUUCAAACUACAUGAACGUAAAAGGACAAGACAAUGGCGUUUCUCAAUAUGAAGAAAUUGAUAACAUCAAAUCUUAAGAUCUCAGGAUUUUAUAUAUUUAGUACAAAACUGUUUUAGAUAAAUACAGUUUUACUACAUCAAAUUAUUGGUGUAAAAACUAUACUCUUAAGCGAACAAUUGUUUUAUGUGUAUCUAUUUAUAUACUAUACUCUAAAACGUGUAAUUAGUGUAUGCAUUGUUAUAAACCUGGUGGUGACACAGAUGGGGGUUAUAGUGUGUGUAGUGUAUAGUCAGCAGACGGAAAACGCCCAAGGCCAGCACUAGAUAAGCGGUCAACCCUGACGCUCCGAGACCGUCAACUGCAGUUCUGGCGAAGUGUCAAGAAAAAUAAAAUGUGAAUAGUACUCAGACCAGUCACGUCAAAUAUAGUCGGGUGAUCACACAGAAGGAUAGAGCCAUGUUCUGUCCGGUUCUAGAAGGCUAUUUUUGGACAGUAUAUAAAGAGCAUAGGACUCGGAGUCGAGUCAGUCAAAAGUUUUGACUCAAAACUUCCCGAUCUUCGAGUCAGUUAAGACACGACAAAGCUCAACAAGGUAGAGCAAAGUCAGUAGAGUUCUUACUACAGUACAGAGUUGAUAAGGUGGUUAAGAUAUCCAG